AUGUGCCAAGCGUUAUUCAGCGUCCACGACAACCGAUCUUGGACGCAGGUGUGCGGCAACGGCUCCGAGGUUGGGAAGCGCGGCGCGGAGGCCCGCGUGGGCGUGACUAAAGCUGAGAAUAGGCCCGAGGCGAGCGACGCAUCCACACGACGCCGCCCUCUCCGGCAGCAGCGGCGGGAGCAAGCCAAAGCCUUCCCCGGUCAGAGCGGGCUCUGCCGCAGCGGACGUUGCUCAGAAGGGCGGGGGAGCCCGGUAGAGCGCUUAUCCUCCCCAGGCCGAGGAGGGGCGCACAGCCUGGAUCCGAACCCCCCCGCCAUGGCCGCCCCUCGCCCCAUCGCGCUCCUGCUCGGCUUUGUCCUGGUAACGUUGUGCCAGGGCGGCUGUGUGGAGGUGGACUCGGAAACUGAGGCUGUGGCCGGCGACCACUUCAAGAUCCGGUGCAUCUCAUGUAAAAAGCGCAGCGAGACCGAGGCCACAGCCUUCACUGAGUGGUUCUUCAAGGAGAAGAACACCAAGGAUUUUGUCAAGAUCCUCCGCUAUGAUUUCGAGGAGAAGCUCACUGUGAUGGACGCUCGCUUUGAAGACCUGGUGGUAUGGAAUGGCACCAAGAAUAUUGAGGACCUGCAGGACCUUUCCAUCUUCAUUACUAACGUGAGCUAUGAACAUGCGGGCGACUACAUCUGUAGCGUCAACCGCACGCUCCAUUUUGACAAUGAGUUCUAUCACAACAUCAUGGUCAACAAGACCAUCCACCUUGAUGUGGUUGACAAAGCCAACCGGGACAUGGCGUCCAUCGUCUCUGAGAUCAUGAUGUACGUUCUCAUUGUUGUCCUGACCAUCUGGCUGGUGGCAGAGAUGAUCUACUGCUACAAAAAGAUCGCUGCGGCAACAGAGGCAGCCGCUCAAGAGAAUGCCUCUGAGUACUUGGCCAUCACGUCAGAAAGCAAGGAAAACUGUACAGGGGUGCAGGUGGCUGAAUAG